AUGGCGGCGUGCGCCGGCGCGUCCGGCGCCGGGCGGCCGCUGGUCAUGAUGGCCGUGCUCGGCGUGCUCUGGGGCGGCGCCUGCUUCGGGUUCAACGGCAUCAAGCGCGUGCUGCUCAUCGAGGGCCUCUUCCUCGACGCCUGCGACGGCGGCGAGGCGCGCUGCGGCGCCCAGCUCGACCGCCUCGACUUCGCGUGGACGUUCUCCUCGAGCAUGCUCAACGUCUUCGCGAUCGUCAACGGCUGCGCGAUCGACGCGCUGGGCCUGCGGCGCGUCUGCUUCCUGAGCGGCGGCCUGCUGGGCCUCGGCGCGGUGUGCUUCGGCUUGGUCGUGACGCGCGCGCGGCUCGAGUACCUGCUCGCGUACGCGUACUUCGCGCUCGUCGAAUCGGGCAUGCUCCUGAGCUUCGGCGGCCUGUCGCUCCAGGGCGCGGAGGGGUCCGUCGCGCUCUGCGGCCGCGUCUUCGACGUCAAGGUCGUCGCGGCGCCGGUCAUGGAGACGGCCUUCGCGCUCGGGACGCUCGUGUUCCCGCUGCUCGGGCUCGCGUACGACGCCGCGCCGUCCUGUGCGCCGUCGCUCGGCGUCGCGGGGCUCCACUGCGUCUACUUCGGGUGCUGCGCGGCGCUCAUCGCGGCCUGCGGCUGCGCCGUGGCGCCGCGGCCCCUGCGGCGGCCCGCGCGCGACGUCGCCGCGGCGCUGGACCGGCGCGCGCUCUGCUUCGUCCUCGCGGCGUCGCUCGCCGUCGGCGCGAACAUCACGCAGCAGGGCUACUACGUGGCGACGUUCAGCGAGCAGGCGGCCUGGCACGGCCGGCCCGAGACCCUCGGGGCGCUACUGGACUGGGGCUUCCCGGCCCUCGCGCUGCCGUCGCUCGUCGUCGUCGCGCGCCUGGAGGAGCGGUGGCACGACGGCGGCUUCGAGCGGACGUGCGGCCACGGCUACGCCGCGCUGGCGCUCGCCCAGGUCAUCUGGGGCGUGUUGAGCGCCGCGCGCGACUGGCGGUUGCAGAUCGGCGCCGUCGCGCUCUUCGUGCCCGCGCGGCUCCUCGGGUUCGUGCACCUCUACGAGUCCGUGGGCUUCUUCUUCCCGCCGGAGCACUUCGGCGUCGUCGCGGGCACGUGCGCGUCCGUCGGCGGCCUGGCCGCCGCCGUCGCGUCGGAGUGCCUGAAGCGGUGGCUCCACGCGUCGGGCGGCGACCCGCGGCGGCCGAACCUGGCCCUCGCGGCCGCGCUCGCGGCGCUGAACCUGGCCGCGGGCGCCGCGGCGCCGCGCGCGCGGCUCGGGCGCCGCGGCGCCGCGGCGUCGCCGCGGACGCCGGUCUACAACCCGGUGCACUUCGACGACGACGGGCCCGGCUCCAAGGACGCGGGCCUCGAGCUCGCGGACGCCGUCGCGCGGAGCCCCGCGGCCGCGGCGCCGACGCCCGUCGCCGCGCUCGACUUCGGCGAAUCGGCGCCGGCGCGGGACUCGGCCGUCGCGUCCUACGCCGACGAGUCGGAGCUCUACGACUGCCUCUCGCACACCCCCCGCGACAUCAUGAUGACGACGAUUCCCCGACUUCUCCUCGCCGCGACCUUCCUGGCGUCGGCGGACGCCUUUGGGAUUUUCAUCCCGCCGGAGGCGCCCGAGGAGAUGGUCGCGACCACUACGGCGGCGCCCCCCGUGGAGGAGCCCUGCCCCGUGGACAUGGCCGCGCGGCGUGCGCGGCCCGAUUGCCCGACGGAGGCGCCGACGGAGGCGCCGACGGCCCUCGGGGCCGAAGAGGUCGUCGCGGCGACGACGACGACGUCCCUCUUCGAGACGACCGCGCCGACGGCGGCGGCGUGCUCCCUCAACAUCACGAGCAUCGGCGUCGACGGCGCGUGCUUCGCCGACGUGCCCUGCGAGCUCCUCUGGGAGUACCGCGGCGGCGACGACGCGUGCGUCAACGUGACCUCGACGCUCACGAACGUCCCCGGGGGCCCGCGGCGGUCCCUGGAGAACGUGGGCCAGGCCACGCAGGUCCUCAUCGGGAACGCGGCGCUCGACGAGUACACGCUCGAGCUCGCGUGCGACGACGACUCCUGCGCGCCCGACUCCGUCGACUUCCGGGUCCUCCACGCGGCCGCGCCGACGGCCAAGCCGUCCAACGCGCCGACGCCCGGCCCUUCGGUCGAGCCGUCCCCGAGGCCGUCGGACGCGCCCACGGCCGCGCCGACGCCGCUGCCCGGCAACCCGUCGGCCGCGCCGGCGAAGCCGACGUUCACGAGCGCGAAGAUCAGGCCCGACGUCGCCGCGAGCUGGCCCGGGUCGGCCUUGUACGCGUCGCCGAGCAUCGCGCCGGACGCGAGGAAGUAG